AUGUCGCGCUCGGAGGAGCUCUACGAGCACUACUACCGCUACUUCCGUCACUGCGAGCUCACGGCGACAGGCGUCAAUACGCCCGUUUACACUUUCGGCCUUCCCUGGGCCAUUGCUCAUGGCAUACUGUCAGCAAAGUGCACCUAUCCCGGCGCGCUCGGUGCCUUCUUCGUCGCCACCCGUGCGCCGAUGAUCUUCAGUGUGGACUUUCCCCGCGCCGCAAGCCGCCUCGACGACAUCACCCGCGGGCAGGUCAUCGACGAGGCGGUCCGCCUGGCGACUUCGACCGAGGAGCAGGUCACUCCCACCAAACGCCCGCACAACGACCUCGCGGGCCAGGCUGAGCCGAAGAAGCGCCGUCCCGCCACCACUACGUGGAUCUGA